AUGGGAACGGAGGUGUUGCGUCCACACGAUUGUCUGGUUGACAGAAUCAGACUAGCUCCGGCGGUGUUCGAUUACCGUCGGAAAAAUGAAAAACAGAGAACAAAUUAUAAUUACAGUUACCGCAAACCCAUGGUCCGGCCAGAGAGGUCGCCGGAGCUGAAAAAAAGAUCAGAGCCGACGAUUUCAAAGAGAUCGUCGAGUUCUGAAGAUUUCAACCAUAACAGCAACGUAUUGAUGGGGAAGGUGACGAUUCUGAGAAGAGGGCAGUCUUAUGAUGCGCUUGAUCCGAAGAUCAAAAGCGAGAAAACGACGACGCUGAAAAAACACGGUGACGAUUCGGUCGGGAUGUUGGGUCCGGAUCCGGUUAUGGUUCCAAAACAGACCCGGGUUUCUCCGAUGGCCGGAAAUGGCAGGUCCGUCGACAUGUACGCCGGAUCUGCGUUCUCGAUGUCGCCGUCGCCUCGUUCUUUGCCUUUGCCUUCAUUUUUCAGCAAGAAACAAGGUUCCAAGACUGUUGAUGACUCGGCUACAAGAGAUCUCCGGCGCUUGCUCCGACUUGAAUGA